GCGGAAGAACAAAACACCAUAAACGGCAGCGUUUCAUAUGAGCACCGCUUCGCACGUUUCUUCCAUCUCUCUGAUCACGUGAUCGUCGUCUUCUUCAGAUCUUUAUCACUUUCUUCCCGGAGAAAAUUUUGCCCUAAAUCACUUUCCCGGGAAAAUCAAACUCUGGGAAAGAAAAAAUGUCACAAGGCGAUACAGUACCGCUUCAUCCAUCGUCUCAAUCAGACAUUGACGAGAUCGAGAAUCUGAUUAACGAAAGCGUCCAAUCAGGUCCCGGAACCGUUCUCGCUGCUCGUCCACCGAGCCCAACCAGACCGUCAAUUCCAGUUUCUUCUUCUCCGUUUAUGCAAUCGAAUCUUCCACCGCUUCAUCCGUCUUCAUCAGCUCAGAAAGUGACACCUGUCCCCGUUCCUCCGCCUCUUCCGGCGGUAAGUAAUUCCAGCAAUUUCCAAGGAGUUUCACAAACGAUUGGAGCGAGUGCGUUUGGAUCUCCGCCUAAUACGUUGACGGAGCCUGUGUGGGAUACUGUGAAACGAGAUCUGUCUAGGAUCGUGAGUAAUUUGAAGCUUGUGGUGUUUCCUAAUCCGUAUAGGGAAGAUCCUGGGAAGGCUCUUAGAGAUUGGGAUCUUUGGGGUCCGUUUUUCUUCAUUGUCUUCUUGGGAUUGACUCUUUCAUGGUCAGCUUCCGUUAAGAAGUCCGAGGUAUUUGCAGUGGCAUUUGCACUAUUAGCAGCCGGGGCGGUGAUCCUUACACUAAACGUGCUUCUCCUGGGUGGACAUAUAAUCUUCUUCCAAAGCUUGAGCCUUCUAGGUUACUGUUUAUUUCCACUAGACGUUGGAGCUGUGAUCUGCAUGUUGAAAGACAAUGUGAUACUAAAAUUGGUAGUUGUGUCUGUAACACUUGCAUGGAGCUCAUGGGCUGCUUACCCUUUCAUGAGCUCAGCGGUUAACCCAAGAAGAAAAGCACUCGCUCUAUACCCCGUCUUCCUCAUGUAUGUUGGUGCUUUGAAUAUCAUCAUGUCAGAGACUGCUGAUUUAUGUCUAGAGCUCCCCAAAGAUGAUCCCUUUUAUCACCAUAAAAAGAAGUUCUUGAGUUGCAAAGGUGUAGGCGUAAAGGAAACAUUGAACAUCAGUGGAUCAUUAUCUCAACAGCUUUUGAAUGCUGCAUUGGAAAAGUUGCUUCAGUUUGGACGAAUUGUUAACCUCGAUAAGGUGGAAGUUUACUUUGGUGAGGAUGCUUGUACUCCAGAAGGAAUUUACAGCGUUAGAAAUGAAAUCUCAGCUCUCAGCUGGAUCCUUUCGCUCAUACCCGUUUCUUGUGAAAUGCAAACACAAGUCGAUACCUUGGAAGCUCUACGAGCUGCUGUAAAAAGUAGAAUCAGUGAGGUUGUUGGAGCAGAGAAGGAGAAAGCUAGAGUUGUUGAUAGCUAUAGAUGUGAAAAGGAAAGCAGAUUAGUAGAAUGGGGUCAGGACAAUGGAGUCAAAACCAAAUUGCAGAUAGCUCAAAUUGAUGGCUAUGGACGAGGAGCUAUAGCUAGCGAAGACUUGAAAUUUGGUGAUGUUGCUUUAGAGAUUCCUAUCUCAAGUAUCAUUUCUGAGGAGUAUGUGUACAACUCCGACAUGUACCCAAUAUUGGAGAAGAUUGAUGGGAUUACAUCUGAAACAAUGGUGCUAUUAUGGACCAUGAGGGAGAAGCAUAACCUGGACUCGAAAUUCAAACCAUACUUUGACACUCUGCAGGAGAAUUUUUGUACUGGUUUGAGUUUCGGGGUUAAUGCAAUCAUGGAGCUUGAUGGUACAUUGCUUUUAGAUGAAAUAAUGCAAGCUAAAGAGCUUUUGCGUGACAGGUAUGAUGAAUUGAUUCCUCUUUUAUCGAACCCUGUAUUUCCACCGGAGCUCUAUACAUGGGAAAAUUACUUAUGGGCUUGUGAGUUGUAUUACUCCAACAGCAUGCAAAUCAAAUUUCCUGAUGGAAAGCUGAAGACUUGCUUGAUUCCUGUGGCCGGUUUUCUUAACCAUUCGAUAUACCCACACAUAGUGAAAUAUGGAAAAGUAUGCGUUGAGACGAGUUCCUUGAAGUUCCCAGUCUCAAGGCCUUGCAACAAAGGGGAACAAUGUUUUCUUAGCUACGGAAACUACUCUAGUUCGCAUCUGUUAACAUUUUACGGAUUUCUACCAAAAGGCGAUAAUCCGUAUGAUGUCAUUCCCUUAGAUUUUGAUGUCAUUGAUGAUGAAGACAUCGAGACUGAGUUUUCUUGGACAACUCACAUGUUACGUGGGACUUGGCUAUCGAGCAAUCACAACAUCUUCCACUACGGCUUGCCUACUCCAAUGUUGAACUACUUGCGCAAAGCUCAGGGUCUUGAUCAUCAUUCUGAAACAGAUUUAUGGGAAAACUUGGAAGUUGAGAUGGGAGUACUCGAGAAUAUCCAAUCCACAUUCGACGACAUGAUGCAAAAUCUUGGCGAUGCGGAUUCUAUCGACAGAGAAAACGCGGAUUGGGAUGUUAAACUAGCGAUGGAGUUCAAAGAGCGGCAGAGAAAGAUUGUCUCUUCCAUUCUUGAUUCAUGUUCUGCAGCUGAAGAGGUUCAAAAAUCUGCAGAUAUAAUGGAGUCUGCUUAUAGAUUGUGGAUUAGAGAGAAGAAAGAUGAGAUCUGUAAAGAACUUCAAGCAGCUUUAGGUACAGCUAAAUGGCAGUUGGAGGAGUUUGUGAAGGCUGUAAGAUUGAGUCAUAAACGGUGUGGGGACGAUGAUUCUUCAUCGACACGGCAUAGACAGUUUGUUGCAGCUAUUGAAAACCAGAUUCAUCGCGUAGAAACUUCUCUGCAAGAGGCUUAUAGUGAGAAUGGAAAAGAGCCUCUUCGUUGGGUUGAUCUUAAUGAAGAAGAGCGUGAUGACUUAGCAAUAUUUCUCUCUGGAUCUUCUCGAAUUUCAGAGAGUUUUAGUGGUGAGAGCAGCAUUGAGUCGAGAGAGUCUACUACUAAUAGUUCCCUAGUUGAAAAUCUUCCAGGGAAGAACAGAGUGGAAGUAAACUGUAGAAAAGAGACAUUCAAGAAAGCGAAAGGUUGCGGUAAUGGCUCUGAAUGUGUUAUAGAUAUUGAAGAAAGAGUGACACCGGGGAAUGCACGCCAAGUAGAGAAAUCAGUUGGGAUGAGAAGAAUAUGGAGUUCACCAAAUUUCAAUUCUUUGAGGAUUAUAAUUCCUGGUGGUGAUAAUCAAGAAGAAAAGGAGACAUUGGUGGCACAAAUCGAAGCGACGCCUAAAGUGAAAGGAACUAAGUCCAUAUUGUGGAUGCAGAGACUUCCUGAUCAUAAUCAGCUCUUUGACAAGACCGGUUGCUUCCAAAAUCCGAUACGCUUACCAUUUAAUCACCCGAUCAAGCUCACUGUUUCCGUUGUGCUAAUGGUGUUUCUUCUAUGAGGUGCAAGUAACUCAAAUUUGAGUGAUGAUAAAAAGAAAGGAAGGAAAAACUCUAAGCCUCGUCAUUUAAGUUCCUAUGGGAAGCCUAAUAAUACUUCACCAGUUCAACCUUCAGAAACUGAAACCAAGAGCCAAGGCAAAAGAGUUUGCUUCAAAACCGAUUCUGAUGUAAGACAGAUGAAGCAAAACACUUCUUCUUCUAGAGAAAAUCAGUUGGUCAUAAAAGAAACUGUCAUGGAGAAUUUGCCCAUUGUCACUCCUCAAUUUAGGUCAGACCAAAUCAAUGACGGUCAAGAUAAACCUGAGAAGGUGAAGAAGAAUCCGGAAAUUUAUGGUUUAGGGUUUGAGCAAUGUGUGAAGAUCAUAAGACAGCUUGAGUGUUCAGGUAAUGUUGAGAGCAUUUUUAGACAAAAGUUUUUGACUUGGUUUACCCUAAGAGCGACGGCUCAGGAGAUCAAUACUGUCAAGACAUUCAUGCAUGCUUUCAAGGAUGAAUCAAAGGCUCUGGCUGAGCAGCUCGUUGACACAUUCUCUGAUUGUAUAUGGAGAAAGGGUUCUGCCAUUGGCGAUGGCGAUGGAGGUGGUAGUAACGGUGUCUCAUUUGACGCCACAGUUUGGUUUCUCACAGUCACCGAUCGGCAUAAUUUCGCCGAUGUUGAUAAUUUGGAGAACUGUAUUAAGUACUUGAAUCAGAGCUUAGUCACCUAUGGAUUCUCUGCUUCGCUCGACCUCUUCGCUACGGAUCCUGUUUCGAUUGCUAGAACUUGCAAUUGCGUAUACGCUUUGAUUCAACAGAGGCAACGAGAUGUGGAAUUUAGAGAAUCUGCUAAUGAUCAGAGACAACGACUUUUAUCCGAUAUGGCGAGACUCGAAGCAAAAGUUGAAAGGCUUGAGACUCAAUUGCAAGCUAAGGAAAGGGAACUUGGUUCGGUGACAAGAACGGAAGCAAAAAAUACAGCGGCUUUAAAGACGCAGAACGAGAAGCUACAGAAAGAGAGAGAUGAGUUUCAACGAAUGGUGAUUGCCAACCAGCAAGUCAAGACCCAACAAUUACAUGAAACAAAGAAAAAAGAAAAGGAGUACAUAAAGUUACAGGAGAGGUUAAACCAAGUGUUGAUGGAGAAAAAGAAGGAAACGAGAUCAGGCAUGGAGAUUAUGAAUUUACUCCAGAAAGAAGGGAGACAGCGUGGAACAUGGAGUGGGAAGAAAACUGACUCUGAUUUCUACAAAAAAAUUGUGGAUGCAUAUGAGGCAAAAAAUCAAGAGCUGAUGGCAGAGAACAGUGAUCUGAGAGCGUUACUGCGAUCCACACAGGGAGACAUGCGUUCUUUCUUGAAUGCUUCCGGUGGAUUACCCAAUCAAUCUUUGGUAGCUAAUGGAAGACACGGCGCAGACCCUUCUCAGUCUCCUUUGGGCGGGAAGACGGAUGUUUUCGACCUACCUUUUCGUAUGGCUCGAGGUCAAAUAGAAGAUAGUUUACGCUCUAAGAUGGUUUCCAUCAAGGAACGUAUGGGUCAGUUAGUAGAUGCACAAAAAGAAGUAUCCAUUACUUCAGAAGCGUCAGAGAGGGAACUUGAACUUGAAGCACAACUCGUCGAGGCACGCAGCAUAAUUCAAGAACAGGAAUCUAUAAUGUCCAAACAUUUACCUAAGACAGAUCGGAGAAGGAACUCAGCUCCCCCACAUUCUGUCAACGGACGUGGCUGACUAAUUAGAUUGUGAAUUUCAGGUUCCAAAGAUCAAAUCACUUCCUGUAAUUUGCUCUUGUUUUAAACAAAUAAAUAUUUUAUGAAUUU